AUGUGUGUUUAUUUUGUCUGGCCUACUGCUCCUCAGGUGCAGGUGGAGGAGACCUACAUUAUGGUGAAGCCGGACGGCGUCCAACGGGGUCUGGUAGGCCUCCCUGAGAACUCUCGUUUUCCACACGUUUUUGGUGCUUAUUCUGCUACCAGCGGCCGCGGGGAAACGAUGGACGAGCCUCGGCUUCGGCUCUCGUCUUGUUCCUUCAGGUUUUCUAACGGGAUCGGAUAUGGUGCUAGGUGGGGGAGAUAAUUUCCCGUUUCGAGAAGAAGGGGUUCCGACUGAAAGGGCUGAAGCUUUUCCAGUGUCCCAAGGAGCUUGCCGAGGUCUGCGUCUUCAUCGCUGAUGGCCCCUUUUCCAGUUUUAUAAUGUCGGAAUGGAAAAUUUUAGGGUUCUUAAGAAGGAGGGGGAGGAGAAAACCCAGUAUGAUUUCUCUAAACUAGGAGUGUGGUCAUGCCUCAACCCUAAACUCCUUCGUCAAUCCUAAGAAAAAAAAGUUGGGAGAAGCAACGAAAGUGCCAAUACUUUGGAUGGCGUGCUCCAUCCCGGUAUCUUGCUCCGCAUUGAGGUGAGAGGCUAGAGGAGAGCAGAGCCACCGGAGUCAGCAUGGAUCAGGUCAAAUGGGUAUCAGGCAGCAUAAUUAAAUGAAUGCUCAUGAUACGAUCUUCUAACAUUAAUUGAAUCCCACAUAAUCAAACUAGACUGCCGGCAAUCUAAUGAACUCGUUCGUCUCUGCCUCGAUGUAAUUCCCAUUAUUUCUCUGAAUGUGGUGCACUUUAUUCUUAUGCCAUGCGAUGGAAUAUGAUAGGCCAGAAGUCUUUUCUGUCUCUACUAAUGUCGAGUCAGAUCUCUGACUGACUGGGUUCUCCGACUAUUUUAGGAGCAUUACAAGGAUCUCAAGGAGAAAUCUUUUUUUCCCAAACUGAUAGACUACAUCACUUCUGGGCCCGUCGUGUGCAUGGUAAUAUCCUAUGUGUUUUCCUUUUUCUCUGUUGAUUUUCAGAAUGGAUGGAGGCUAGGGUUUCUAUUAAUUUGUGAUCUUCAUCGUCAUCAUCAUCAUCAUCAUCUUCUUCUUCCUCUUUUCUUCUCAUGUGUGACUCAUGGAAGGCAUGGGAGGGUGUUGGUGUGGUGGCAUCAGCUCGGAAGCUCAUAGGAGCCACAAACCCUCUUCAAGCUGAACCGGGCACCAUACGAGGAGACCUGGCGGUUGAAACUGGAAGGUAGGCACUUUAGCUAAUUCUUCAGAAAUAUUACAUUUUUUGGGUACCCAACUUACCAUGAAUCUGAUUGGUGCAGAAAUAUCGUUCAUGGCAGUGACAGCCCUGACAAUGGGCAGCGUGAAAUUGGUGAGUUCCUGAACUAUUAA